AUGUCGGACCUUCCUGAUCCUUCUCCACCUCGAAUAUCGCGUUCUUCUUCUUCGUCUGCACGGAUGUCUUCUCCUCCUCCACCUCCGCCAUAUGAAUAUGUUCAAGAUAACACAACGCUCCCAUCUCGUGAGUUACCCCAGCGGAUGCUACUUCCCCCUGGUAGGCCUCUAUCGCCUUUGGCAAAGAAGUAUGGCGUCAACACCAAGGCGUAUUGGAUGCGUAACCAUCCAGACGGCCAGGCCCAUUCUGGCAUGGCCAACGUCUGGCCCUUUAACACCCGAGAUCCCCCUAGCCACGACCGAGUCCCGAAUCACAACGAGCUAGAUGAACUAUUCUUGACCGAAACUGAGCAGACAGGCCACCUUCUUAAUGGAUUUCGCACUUGGCAAGUACCAUUAUUCAACGAACAUCUUUACGACGACUUUUGGGCUAAUCCGCCCCAGGGCGUCUCAAACUGGGACCACUGGCAAAACUUUGCUACCAAGCUAGUUACCGUGGACGAGAGCAAGUGGUUCAGCUUUUUCCAACGGGACAAAUGGUUUGAUUUGAGAACGAAUCCGCUGCCUGGGUUAGACAAGCCCAUCCCCGGCUUUGAAGGAAAUUAUGCGCCUAAUAAUCAGGCAUGGUGGAGCGUCGACAACCCAGUCAUUUGGAACACAAUUCGCCCAGGAAUAGAACUGGCCAAUCGUCUCCUUAAUCUGAUGUGUGAUGAACAAAGCGAAUUUAUCAAUGAACUCUUGUAUGCCGAACCAGUACGAUGCGGGAACCAACCAGGGACGAGGUUUGAAGACCCAUUUGUAAAGAAAUGGAUUUGUAGAUUUAAAGAGCCCAUGAAAGAUGUAGCGAGUCCGCUUAUGCUCAAGAAAGGGCUAGAAUACGCGCUCGGAGGAAGAAUGGCUAUAACCUUCAGUGACGAAUCGACCUCUUUCUCAUUCAGCGGCACUGUACUAGGAUUUACCGCUGUCGCGACUUUUGUCCCUUUGGUGAAAUCCAUAAUUCACCUCAGUGUUGGCGAAAUACGUUGUUUAUUUGAAAAAGACAGUACGGUUGUCGAACGUAUUCUGAGUUUAUUCCAGUUUGCUAAUACGUUACUCCACGAGUUAGCGCAUGCCCUCUGGGUAUCUCGUUUCAAAGACGGAGAGGCGACCUCACGACACUACGCCAGAUAUCCUGAACCAUUAUGGCGCGAUAAUUGGAUCUCUGAGUUGGGCUGGAGUUUUGAGCAGGAAAUCUAUGGCGCAAUCGUAAACGGCCUACCAAGGAGCAUGCUCGUAAAUGGAAUACGAAGAGGCUACCAGACCUUCUUAUACGUGGACGACAUUACUAAAGCCGUAUCUAAGGGCAGCGAUCGUGAUUCCACAGACAUGGCAGGAUGGGAGGAGCAGGUUUCUCGAGGAUAUGAGAACUACUACACAGUUCCAGCAUGGUGGGCAUCGGCGAUACUCAGCGAGAAAUAUUGGAGAGAGAUUAUACCUUCUCUCGGGACUGAGGCACUCCGAGCUCCAGCUGUUACUAUUAACAGAACUAAUUUCGAUACAGGCACAGUAGAGGUUGCUGAACCGUCAUUUCCCAUAGUCGUUCAAAGUCGGCCACUGCAAGAUAUAGAGGAAUCGCCAGAAUUCAACUCAGGUACUCCUAGGGGGGUGGCAGCCAAAAAAUAUCUCACCGAACUUGACGCAGUAGUUGAAAAGAUAGAAGCACGGCGCAGAGAUAUCAACCAUGACUUUUUGGCCAGAACAGGAGGUACAUCAUGGUACCCAUGGGAGCGGCAGAAGUGGUCUAUCCUUCCCUGGGGAAACACCAGAGAGAGGCAUUACAUUGAGGAAUUUCGUUAUCAUCACACAGCACGAAAUUACUGGGAGUGUCGAAGAAUAACACGUGCCUGUGAAGAUGAAAUUACUGAACUAUUGGCGAACGCGGGUACCAACACGGAGCAUAAUCUUAAGUUGCCUUUUGGGGUGAUAGCAUUGCUCAUGCAUGCCUCUAUGCCAUAUCUCCAACAUAACAUCCCAACAUCUCAGCAGUACUAUUGGUCCGUGUAUUGGGCUAAUAGCCGUUCGUGGAAGGCGGACGGCUCCGGAUGGUUCAAUGAACUUUCCAGACACGUCCCAAGGAUUGGUCCAUUUAGAGUCCCGCAAGAGUCGGAAACAUAUCAUGUCCUGCCUCACGAUCAGGCGUGUCACGAACGCCCACAUCGUAUUUUAGCCAUGGCCAAGAUGCUUUUUUGGAAGAUUGAGUACCUUCAAGGAGGACCAUUGCCAUGGUUGCGAGCCAUUCUCGACUGUAUCAUUGAGAUGGAGGUGAACCGGGGGCUUAACAUGGACCCUAUCAGCUGGGGGAAUUUUCCGUUUCGGAUUCCUCCAUACAACCCAGAAUCCUACGUACAAGCGACGCACUACCAAGAAAGGCUCCCUAAGGUAGAGCCCUCAUAUCUGAGAUAUGAGGUAGUGGAUAACUGGUUUGACGAUGUCUAUAAUAUGUCAAGCGAGCCAGGUCCACACCACUGGCCUGAGCAGGAUGAUACGCCAGCCGAUCUGGCCCCCCCUGUGAUUCCUGGCCUUCUUCCAUAUUCAUAUCCCGGGAAAAUAGCAGAUCACUAUGACAUCAAUGACUCGUGGAUCGUUGAGCCAGAUAAUGCCAACGGAUACGACCUUCUAUCUCAACUAGGAGCCACCCAGGAUGAUCUUAAAUCAAUCGUUAAACUCUCUCCUGCCGGCCCAAGACUCGUAGGCAAUGCUGAUCACAGGGCGGCGGCGAUUCGCGGGCACCUCGGAACGAUCGUGCCACGUAUAGGGAAGGUAGCUCUAGUUAGAAGAGCAGAGGAAGUUGCGGAAUGUAAUGGUAAACAAGGGCGUCCUGGGUGGAUCAGUUGGGGAUCUCAGGUAUUUGAUGUAACGAAAUUUGUACCAAAAAACAAUACCGAAAGAACUGAACUCCAAAAGAGUGCGGGUGGUCCGAUCUCUCGAACUCUGAAGAGGUCAACACAAUAUUCAAAAGACCUAUAUAGACGUCUUAAACCCUACAUGUGUGGCCAUCUGGACUUACCGUUGCCACCCAGAGCUGAACUAAGACCUUUCACCCCUCGUCUACUGAGGUGGUACGACAACCCUGGUGCUGGGUGUUAUGCAGCUGUGAAUAAAAAGGUUUACGACUUGACAGCUUAUAUGAAUUUUCACCCAGGAGGUUCCAGAGCACUCUUUGCCUGCCUCGGUGUUGAAAAUGACGAAUUAUUUACACAAUUUCAUGAUUUAUCGUUGAUGGAUAACUACAAAAGUCUACAAGUUGGGUACAUGGUUCCGGAAAUACUAGACGAAGACUUGACAAAGACCGAGAUUGCCGUUCACGACUGGGUAUUUGACAUCAAAGCGCUCCAAAUUACCGACCGCGCACUCUACGAUUCUCUCGUGGGUUAUGGUGGCAUGUGUACAGACCACUUCAUAGCAGGAGAAAAUACCCCCGAAGCCAAUCCACUGGUCACAUUAUAUGAAAAGCACAAGCACCUCAUCUGCGGGGGCGCGGAGUAUCAACUCACUGAGAUACCAAGUGGUGAGCUUGCCUUGCACACCGGUGAGGUUUAUGGCGAGCCUGCCUGGGUCUGCAUCUACGGCGAUGUCUACGACGUUUCAGACAUCUUCAGAUGGCCGAACUAUUACGAGCAUGUUAUAGAUCGGAAGUACGGCGGAGCGGUGAUGCAACAAUCGAACUUGACAAACUGGAUUGUAGAUACGAUCGCGAAGGAGAUUCAUCCAUGGCGCGGUAGCAUAUGCCGAAAUGUGGACGUUGCGUUGGAUGGGGCUGCUGAGAUCGCGCGCAACGGCAUAUACAAAAUGAACGGUGACGAGAGCUGGUAG